UUAUGCCAAACAAAAUCUCUCUCUUUCUCUCUCUCUCUGAGAAGCACACCUCCAAUUCCCAUUUAUUGGAACACCUCCUCUCUUCAUCAUUGUACGGAAACCCAAAACUCAGUAAGAUCAAUAAACUUCACCUUCAUCUCCAAAUGCAGAAUUCUCAUGCAAGAAAGGUAAGUUUCAUCGAAUAACGCCUUUCUUGUUACCUAUAAAUUUUCUGGGUUUGUGCUGGUUUUUUCUUCAACAUGUCACAGACUCGAGAAUCGGUUCACGACCCGUUUAAACUUUCGAAAAUCUUCGUAUUUUCAAAUGAUAAGAACUGUGAUUGUCUGACGACGUCGUUGAAAGGUGUUGUGUUGGUGUUCUUGAUCGCUUCGAUUUCACUCGUCCUCUACUCAACCUUCGCCGGCCAAACGCGGUGGUUUAGCUGCCCUGAAUGCCACAACCCAUCCCGAAACAUCGCCCAAAUCUGCGAAUAUCGCGAUUUCUCGGGCGAAAAUCUCGGACCCACCAACAUUUCCCACCUUGUUUUCGGAAUUGGAGGGUCAACAAAGACUUGGAAGGACCGCAAACACUACAGCGAUCUCUGGUGGCAGCCAAACACCACCCGUGGGUUCGUUUGGCUGGACCAAAAACCCGACCCGGAUUCCCUUUGGUCGGGAAACUCACCUCCCUACCGGGUCUCAUCCGACUGGACCCGGUUCAAGUACGUUAGCUCUCAAUCGGCUGUUCGAAUCUCUCGGAUUGUUUUGGAUACCUUUCAAGUCGGGUUACCGAAUGUGAGGUGGUUUGUGAUGGGUGAUGAUGAUACGGUGUUUUUCACAGAUAACUUAGUUUCUGUGUUAGCGAGGUAUGAUCACCGUCAAAUGUACUACAUUGGUGGGAAUUCCGAAAGUGUGGAGCAAGAUGUGAUGCAUUCGUAUGGUAUGGCCUUUGGUGGGGGUGGAUUUGCAAUUAGUUAUCCACUGGCGGAGGAGCUGGUCAAAGUAUUCGACGGUUGUCUUAAUCGGUACUACAAGUUCUACGGCUCUGAUCAGAGGGUGUGGGCCUGUGUGGGGGAGCUCGGUGUUUCUCUCACUAAAGAACGUGGGUUCCAUCAGAUUGAUAUUCGAGGUGACCCGUAUGGUCUUUUAGCGGCACAUCCUGUGGCACCACUGGUAUCACUCCAUCAUCUUGACUAUGUAAAGCCAUUGUUCCCCAACCAGACACAGCAUGAGUCACUGAGGACUCUGAUCCAAGCAUAUCAGGUUGACCCGGCCCAAACUUCACAGCAAUGUUUUUGCCACUAUCAGAAGCUUAAAUGGUCAGUCUCCAUCUCAUGGGGCUAUACGGUUCAGAUAUACCGUUCAUUGUUGAUGGCUAAGGAUUUGGCGACACCAUUGCAGACGUUUAAGACGUGGCGGAGUUGGAGUAAUGGACCUUUCACAUUCAAUACCCGGCCUGUGAGCCCUGACCCUUGCCAGCGGCCCAUCAUUUUUCAUUUGGAUUCGGUUAAGGAGAAUGGCCAUGGUGAGACCUUGACUAGUUAUAAGAAGUAUGUGGUUGAACCAGAAAAGAAGUGUAACAAAGCAGACUAUGCCCGUGCAGUGGCCGUAGAGAGAAUUAUAGUCUCAGCAUUGAAGAUGGACCCUGAAGAGUGGAAGAAGGCGCCGCGUAGACAGUGCUGCGAGGUUAGUAGCUUGAAAAAUGGCAGCUUGAAGAUGAAGAUUAGAAGCUGUAACCGCUGGGAAACUGUCAGUAAUUAGAGGUCAGCCCUUCCACUCUCCGAUUGAUGUAAAUAAUGCAGUGUUAUAGUGUAGGAGUCGUAGAAUUUGACUUUUGCCACAUGAGGUGCGUGGUUUUGGCUAGAAAACAUAGUGGAUAUGUUUUCAACUGCAAAUCCUGCAAUGACAAUUUGAUCCCGUCCUUGGCCUCGAGGAUUGGUGAGCAGCACGGAACUUGAAUAAACUAAAUGACAUAGUCUUAGGGGCUCUCCUUUGUUAGAAAUCCAUAGACAACAUUCAGAAACUUCCAAACCAAAGAUAUGCAACAUGAGAAGGAGAUGGAUUAAUAAGAGCAGGCUUCAUUAUUUCCUUGAAGCAAAUUUUUGAAGUUGGGAUUUUGGUUUAAAUUCUUAUUACUCUGCUGUCUCUCUGUGUGUUUUUAUUGGGUAGUUGUGUGAGUAUGUGUGGUUUAUGCCUUUGCAUUUCUGGGAAGCAAUUUCACAACAGAACAGGAUGCUAUUAUUUUGAUAGCAUCAGUAAAAGGAAAUUAGAUCAAUUAUCAUGUAUUACAGCUAUCUAUGUGGUUGUAAGAGAGUAUUCACCACCCAGGUUAAACUGAGAUAUUCUUUAUGCG